AUCAACCGCCGGAAAGUGGAGGAGAUGGCCAGCCGUAGACAGCGGAGGAAGAUCGGCGAGAAGAAGAAGAGGAGAAAGACCAGAGCGGCUACGAUAAAGAAGAAGAUCGUCAACAAGUCCUCUGCGCCAGCGCCGCAAGGUUUGUGCGCUUCUCUCUCUCUCUUUCUUACGCAGGUUUUGCUUACUAACUGGAGUACAAGGUUAAUAAAGAAGAAGAGGACAAACAAUACGUACGCAGGACGCAGAAACCGGCGGCAGGAGGGAACGGCGCCGGCCAAGGAGCAGCACGACAAGAAACACGCUGAGCGCCGCUGCCGUGAGAAGAGGACAUGCGACUUUUGCGGAGUAGGCAGAAUCCACGACAACGAUCACUUCUGCCCCUACAACUACAUCCACGGGCCUUUCAGCCUCACAACAUGCAGAGAGCGGUGCCCUCCGGGGAGGCACCCGCUCUUGCUGGCCUCCGCCUCCGGCUCAGCUGGGAGCCAACACCAGCUGCGCCGAGUCGUGCGCGUGACCAACGUGCCGCUGAGCAUGAUCCCCGGCGAGCAUGAAUUGCACGGGCUCUUCAAGCGGUUCGGGCCGCUUGUCAUGUGCGACUUAACGAGCUCGAGGAGCCAUGACCCCGUGGGAUUCGGGUGGGUCGCGUUCGAGAGCCGUGAGCACGCGGAGGAGGCCAUCGGCAAGCUCAAGGGCCACCUCGUCGGUGACCUCAGGCUCCGAGUUGACUGGGUAUACCCACGCUGAGAUGUUUGAGAAAUACUAGCAAAAGGGCCCGUGUGUUGCAACGGGAGAUUUUUUUUUUAUAAUCUCCAAUGGCCAUGACCACAUUUUGCUGCAUCAGCAAGAUACAGUAUCACUCUCAAUUUCGAGAAAUCAUGACAUUUUCUUAAACUCAUGCACAUAUUUGAAAUAGUAAAUAUUUUUUAAA